AUGUACAUUGGCGUAGUAUGCAUGUUCUUCUACCUCAUCAAGUUCACCCUCUGGCUCCUGCACGUCUUCUACCCCAUCAUCUCACUCAUACUCCAUGUCGUACUCGCCGGGCUCUGGGCUGGUUCGCUAUACGUCCAAACUGCGCCCGACACCGUCGAUCCCGCGCACCAGAACAAGGGUGCCCCAUGGUACAUCACCAAGAGCUGCAAUAUUGUGUCCGACAAAACCGAGCGCGGUUACUGCAUGCAGGCCAAAUCCGCCUUCGGCGUCUCGAUCAUCAUGCUAGCAACCUACGUCAUCUUCAUCGCCCUCUCCAUCUGGUCCCUCUUCCCCACCCCCGAAGCCCGCCUCGCCCACGAAACAAAGGUCGCCGAAAAGAAAGCCGAAAAAGAACUCUACGCCUCCUCGCCCUACGACCAGGAAAUGACCGCCGAAGAGCAGUGGCAGCACAUGUGGGAGUUGCAACAACUCCCUCGCACGCCGGGCACCGCUACGGGUAACGCGCCGUGGUCUAAAACGCCUGCUACGCCUAGGACGAGGGCGUUCAAUGAGCUGGGCGGGACGCAGGAGUUCUAUGCUCAACAGCCGAUGACGCCGCAGUAUCCUGUGGGACAGCAGCCAAUGACGCCGCAGUAUCCCGUGGGCCAGCAGACACAGACGUAUUAUCCGCCGCCGACCCAGGGACAGCAUACCCUAGAGAGUGUAAGGCAUUCUGGGGUCGCGCCGCAGGGACAGCAGGAGUUUGAUGAGUAUUUGUAUGAUCCGAAGGGCAAGGGGGCGGCGAUGUAG